AUGCCUCCUAGGCCCGUCAAGCAAGCUCCACCGAGUUCUGGGUACUCUGUUCCUGCACCAAAAAAGAAAAAACCGCCAACGCCUUUCGCCGUGAAGCCAAUUGGCGCAUUUUAUAUCUUCUUCGCGGCAAACUUAGUAGCUGCAAUAUACGCGCCUAUACAGGAUUGCGAUGAGACGUUCAAUUACUGGGAACCUACGCAUUACCUCAGUCAUGGCUACGGGUUGCAGACGUGGGAGUAUUCUCCCGAUUAUGCCAUUCGCAGCUGGCUGUAUAUUGCAAUCCACGCGUUGAUUGGGAGCUUCAGACGUCUACUUCCAUUCUCUACAAAGGUUGGAGAAUUCUAUUUCAUCCGCUAUGCGCUUGCCUUUACGUGCGCCAUCUGCCAAACAUAUAUGUUUCGGGUCAUAAAUAACACCUUGAAUCCUCGAAUAGCACUGUUUUUCAUGAUGUCUAUGGUCUUUAGUCCUGGGAUGUUCCACGCGUCUGCCGCCUUCCUACCUUCGAGUUUUGCGAUGUAUACAACCAUGGUGGGAAUGGCAGCAUUUAUGAACUGGAAAGGUGGCUUAAAAACUGCCCAAGGCAUAUUUGCAUUUGCUGUUGGGGGUAUACUGGGAUGGCCGUUUUCCAUGGCAUUGUGCGCACCUUUUCUAUUCGAGGAGGUCGUGCUUGCGUUUUUGAGCAGCAAGGACGCAUUAAUCGAUGUGAUAAUGCGAUUUAUUCGUGGAAUAGUUGGAGGACUUGUCGUGCUGUUCUUUGAGUUUGUAAUUUCUACGUUCUUCUUCAAAAAGCCCGUUGUUGUUCCGUGGAACAUUGUGAUGUACAACAUUUUCAGUGGACCAGGAAAAGGGCCAGAGAUUUAUGGCACUGAACCAUGGCACUUUUACAUUCGAAAUCUCCUUUUGAACUUCAACAUCUGGUUCAUCCUCGCGAUGGCCGCUCUGCCACUAUUUACGAUCAAGAAAAUGUUGACGAGAACUCCACAAGAGGGAGGAGCUGUCACUGGUCUACGAACAAUCAUAUUCAUGACACCAUUUUACUUGUGGUUGGCAAUAUUUAGUUAUCAGCCACACAAGGAGGAGCGUUUUAUGUAUCCAGCAUAUCCAGCACUUGCAUUGAACGCAGCUCUUUCUAUGCAUAUAUUACUGGCCGCUUUUGGAGAGUCUGACCCAAAAACCAUCGUUGGCAAGAUUCCAGCACGACUAAAGCUGCUUGUUGUCAGUUUAUUUGUUAUCGGAUCUGUUGAUAUUGGACUUUCAAGAAUUUACGGUGUGUACAAGGGUUAUGCAGCACCACUCAAGAUUUAUGAGCCUCUCCAGAAUGGAACCGUUGCCUCUCGCGGGGACUCUGUCUGCUUUGGAAAGGAAUGGUAUCGAUUUCCAACAUCAUAUCAUCUGCCGAACGACAUGAGAGCAAAAUUCGUUAAAAGCGAAUUUAAUGGUCUGCUACCUGGUCAAUUCGCCGAAGCUACAGUUGGAUUCGGAUUUUGGUCUGGUGCCUGGCUCAUACCUCCUGGAAUGAACGAUGAGAAUAAGGAGGAUAUGGGAAAAUAUGUUGAUCUAAAUACUUGCCAGUUUUUGGUCGAUACUUAUUAUCCGGAUAGUCAAGCGGCUCCACUUGAGCCGCACUACAUUUUAGAUGAAGACAACUGGGAAAAACUUGCAUGCGAGCCUUUUCUCGAUCCAAGGACACAUAUCGUAGGCAGAACAUUAUGGCUGCCCAAUAUUCCGCUCGUGCCGGAAAAGUUCAGAAGGAAAUGGGGUGAGCAUUGUCUGCUCAAACGGAAAAGCAGGUUGUCGAAACUGUGA